GGGAAACUCCUCUCACAUUCCCAGGAAUUACAAAUAUUCACUCCCUACUUGGCUGGUCUGGAUUCAGAGUGACCAUGUUCCUGCAACAGUGGCGACUGAUUUUGGCUUUGGAAUGCAUCUUUACAUGCAUCUCCAGCCAGUCAUUUCUUCAGAAGAGACAGUGUGCUUUCCAAGUCAGUCCCCAGAACAACAAAUACACAACUGCUGGCAAUGUGAGUGGGUCAGUGCAGCUCUGUGAGAACACCCGAUGCUGUGUGGGAUACUUUCUGAUCAUCAAUGGCCAGCCGCAGAUUGACCUUCUCGCUUGUGAUAUAGCUGAAAAGUCCUGCCCAGAUGCAACUUGCAAGGCCCAAACACGUUUCAACCAUCGCCUCGUCAAGUGUGUGUGCAACACAGACCUCUGCAACAGCAACAUCACUUGGACCCCAGAGUCGGAAAAGCCUCGACUCGCCUACUCUUAUUCUGGAGAUGAAAUUGUGAAAACUGUUGUAAUAAUUCUGGUGGGAACUUUGCUAGUCCUGUGCUUCAUGAUUGUUGCUGCCAAAUGGAGACACCACUUUAAAGAGAAAAAGGAGAAUCCGCCCUACCUUGAUGAUCACAGCGUCUCUCAACUGUGUUCCUGCCAAACAACAAAAACCUCUGACAUUGACGUUGGCAACAUUGAACUACAGCAGAUUAUGGGCCAUGGGCGUUUUGCAACUGUUUGGAAGGGGAAAUACCAGGGAUCCAUAGUGGCCGCGAAAGUUUUCCCUGCAGGCUGGAAACAUAAAUUUAUCGCGGAGAAGGAGGUUUAUGAACUACCACUAAUGAAGCAUGCUGGGAUUGUCCAUUUCCUGGGCACUGGGAGGAAACCGGAUGUAGGCAGUUGGCUUAUUGUCCUGGAAUUUGCUGAAAAUGGCUCUCUCCACUCCUAUCUGUGUAAACACACCACCAACUGGAUGUCGUCCCUGAAGUUGUGCCAGUCUUUAUCGCAGGGACUUUUAUACCUCCACUCUGACCUUUACAUACAUGGUGUGCAUAAACCACCCGUGGCCCACAGAGACUUGAGCAGCUUCAAUGUGCUUGUGAGAGCAGAUGGUACCUGUGUUCUGUGUGAUUUUGGAUGCUCUACCAUCCUGCGUUCUUGCUCAGGGAAUCGCCACUGGUCGAGCCACACAGCAAACAUGGGUCUUGCUCAGUUGGGCAGGCUCCGUUACAUGUCCCCUGAGUUCCUGGAGGGAUCUGUAGACUUGAGAAGUACCUCGUGUUUCCUGCAGGGGGACAUCUAUGCUUUUGCACUGCUGCUGUGGGAGAUCUGGAUGUGCUGCUCGGAUUUAUUUGAAGGCGGUGCUGUUCCAAAGCAUCUGUUGCCUUAUGAAUAUGAGCUGGGAGCCAAUGUAACACUGGAGAGCAUCAUCCAGUACGUGCUUCACAUGGACAAGAGACCCUCCAUACCUAAACACUGGGAACUGCUACCACAGGGAUUUGCGCUGGAGCAGAUCCUGACAGAUUGUUGGGACUGUGAACCGGAUGCCCGACUGACCGCCCAGUGUGUUGUGAACAGAUUAGUCUCUCUACAGUCUUGUUACUCUACAUGACUUUAAUGUUUUUUUCAGGUUGACUUGUUGUAAUCAACAUAUCAAGGAUUUGCACCGCUAUCUUUGUGUGACUACUGUUUAGCUUUUUUAGCAUAUUUUCAUCAAUUUCAACUGUAUAAAUUGCUCCUUGGCUUGACUCUCUUUCUUUCUAUUGGAUAACUACAAUUGGGUUAAUGGAUUGUAAUCCACAGAAGAAAAUUUCAUAAUGGCGUAAUGGGAAUUAUUGUUGGGAGGGAGAUUAAGAUGUUUUACUUCACUCUCAGCAAUGAGUGUGUUUGUUUGUAUUGCUUUCCUAUUCUAAUUUUAUGUAACUAUGAUAAAUGAUUUUAGUUUUGUGUUUAAAAUAAGUUUAAAAACAGAUAUAACUACUAUUUAAACCUAAUGUAAUAGAUAUUUUCACAUCAGACAUUUUGACUUGUUGGAGCAUAAAAACCAGGUGGAGAUAGUAUGAAUGAUGGCUGAAUUCCAUUUAGCUGCUUUGAAAUCUUGCUGUUGUGCAUGUUGGCUCACUGUCACACUCUCAUUACUUACACUCUAAUAGAACAGAGCCAUCGCUGAUAUUAAUAGUAACAACUGUGAAAAAAAGCCUGUUGGUAUUUGUGUAAAAAAAAAUGGUUUUGAAUUAUUUUGGUUAAUGUCCUUGUUGUUUCUGUCCAAAAAGAAAUGAAUUAAAGCUCUAGA